GCUCACGAUUUAGAUAUUGGAUAUUGGAAUCUCAAGGACGUCGUAUUUUGUUUGGAGAUGAUUCCCGAGGCUAUGGCGCUUUGGAUUGCCUCUUUACAUUUAACAUGGAAUUUUUAUUUGAUGAGACCCCUUUACGCACGUAGGUGAACAUUUAUUGUUGGUUUCCCACAGCGUUGAAUUAAUUAUUCAGUUGCAUGCAUGUAACGAUCGCUAUCCCAAUGUUUCGAGGGCUCGCGAUUCACGAAAGCAAAUAAUUAAAAGUUCAGCAGCAAUCUACUCGUAUAAUUUCUCUUCAACAAUCCACUGGGAUCUUUGGCGUAACGUUUCGCGGUCGGUUCCUGACUAAACUUUUCGGCUUCAAUUUUGACUGACGUUAAAUUUAAAUUCAGACUCAGAUUUAUGUAGUAAGGACAGAAGGCUUACGGCUCGUGUUAUUUCUUAUCUAGUAUGCUUCUAUGAUUGUCCAGUCUUCUCUUGAAUAGGUCAGUUGAAGGUGAAGACCUAACUGCUUCGGGUAACAGGUUCCAACAAUUGAUGACACUGUGGAAACCUGUAUGCCACUGGUAUACUCCUCGUUCUGGGCUUUUCCACUCGUCUGCUAUGUCCUCUAAGUUUUCCUAAUCUGGUGGGAAGAAAAAGAAGAUAUAUUAAAUCCCGAAUCGUCCCUUAGUAUUCUGUACAUAAAAAUCAUAUUGCCUCUUAAUCUGUGGUAAGACAGAGUAAAGAGGUCUACCUUUUCAAGCUACUCUCUGUGUGGUAAACCCCGGGGUUCUGAAAUUGCAUGGAUAGCUGACCUCUGCAAGUUUCACAGGAUAUCCGAGUCACCUUUUAAACAGGGAUUUACAGCCUGAAGGCAGUUUUCAAGUUUAGUUCUCACUAAGGUUGUGUAUACUGUGGUGAACGUAGUAGAAUCUAACUUGAUGGAUGUCCAUCUUAAAGCCCAUAGUGUUUCAUACCCCUUAGCUGCUACCUCGCGGCAGUGGGCCGUGGUCUUAAGAUCAUGGCUCACUGUCACCCGAAGGUACUUGAGAGACUACGGGUACAGACAAUUCCCCUAUGUUGUACCUAUUCGCCUUUGUAUCCCCAAUAUGCAUGUAGACACACUUGGUCGCGUUGGUGGGUAUCAGCCAUUUAUUAGACCAGUUAGUCAAAGCAUCUAGGUCUGCAUGAGCUGCGCACGCAUCUGCGUCUCCUGUUAUUUCUCGCCGGGUUUUUACAUCAGCGUAUAAUGGCAUUGAGGACUUUACUUGGGAGUUUGUUUUCAUACAGUAUAAAAAGUAAAGGACGUAGGACAAAGUCUUGUGGGACUCCAAUGAGUACUGGUUUUCAGGCGGAACACUCGGAAUUCAUCCUUACUUUCUGUCUACGACCCGUCAAGAAAUCCUUAAGCCACUUUAGGAGAGGUGCGUCAAUGCCAUAAUUUUCCAGCUUCAACAAUAGUGUUAUUUUCUGCACUUUAUAAAAUCCCUUGCUAAAGUCUAUGUAGAUAACAUCCACUGAUUUUGCCUUGUCUAGAUCCUCUAUCUAGUUCUCUCUUGCUAUAAGGAGAUUUGAUGUGCAAGAUAAACGUUUCCUGAAACCAUGUUCGCUGUUUAACAAGUUGUUGGUUUCCACGAAUGUCAUCAUCUUGUUGAUCAUUCUUCCCAGUAUUUUAACUACGACACUGGUGAGGCCGACAGGUCUAUAGUUUGAUGGGAGUUGUCUUGAUCCUGUUUUAUGUAUUGGAGUGACAAUUGCACCGUUCCAGUUUUUUGGUAACUCACCUUGGUCAAGCGACAUAUUGAAUAUUGUAGUCGAUGGGGCAGCAAUAUCUUGUGCAAUUCGUCUCAAGAUUUUAUAAUAUAGUUCAUCCAGUUUUAUUGACUUCUUCAUAUCCAAAGUACAUCGUUUCGAUCGAAGUCCAAAAUCUUUACCGAACAGUUCUUUUGGGAGGUGGCGCCUACAUAAUUUCUCGCGAAGCACUAAAAGCGUUCCACAAAAGGAAAGUGACUCAUCUCAAGGCUAUCGAUAUCUAUAAAUCUCAAUUUCCAGAUAGAGUUCCUGUAAAAUCCUAUCAAACAUUCGGUGAAAUAAUCGAACCAUGGAAACCACUACGCUGAUUGUUUUUUUCGGCAGUCAUAAAAAAUUUUAAUAUCUCAUGUACUUAGUUUGAAAUUGUGAAUAGAUUCAUUGUUCGAAAUAUUCU